AACCAUAGUAGCCAAUACCCUCCCAUCUCUCUCUCUCUCUCUCUCUUUCUUUCUCUCUCUAUCUAAAAAUGAAAGUAUUGAUCUCACUUCUGAUUUCUUUCUGCUUGCUAUUCAGUGGUUCUGCUUUUGCUGCUGCUACUCUGGAAGGACUCCUCCCAAAUGGCAACUUUGAAGAGAAACCAAAACCAACCUCCCUCAAUAAAACAGUGCUCAUAGGGAAACACUCACUCCCCAAAUGGGAAAUCAAUGGCCUCGUGGAGUACAUCUCCGGCGGGCCCCAACCGGGCGGGAUGUACUUCGCGGUCGCCCACGGCGUCCACGCCGUGAAACUGGGCAACAAAGCCACCAUCUCUCAGACAAUCGUAGUCAAACCAGGCUCUCUCUAUGCACUCACAUUUGGGGCAACAAGAACUUGUGCACAAGAUGAGGUUUUGAGAGUCUCGGUGCCUCCUGAGACAGGGGACCUUCCUCUGCAGACACUGUACAGCAGUAAUGGUGGUGACACUUAUGCUUGGGGGUUCAGAGCCACUUCUAAUGUUUCUAAGGUCAUCUUCCACAAUCCUGGGGUUCAAGAGGAUCCUAGUUGUGGGCCACUCUUGGAUGUUGUUGCCAUCAAAGAACUUUUCCCGCCAAGGCCGACAAGAGAUAACUUGGUGAAGAAUGGAGGUUUUGAGGAGGGUCCACAUCUGUUGACAAACUCAUCCCAUGGUGUUCUCCUCCCUCCCAAACAGAAAGACAUCACCUCCCCACUCCCCGGCUGGAUCAUCGAAUCCCUUAAAGCCGUCAAGUUCGUAGAUUCGAAGCACUUCAACGUCCCCUUUGGACUGGCAGCAGUUGAACUGGUUGCUGGUAGAGAAAGCGCCAUUGCCCAAGUGAUCAGAACAGUUCCCAACAAGUUCUACAAUCUCUCCUUCACGGUGGGAGACGCGAAGAAUGGUUGCCACGGCUCCAUGAUGGUUGAGGCAUUCGCGGCGAAAGACACCCUGAAAGUUCCUUAUGAAUCGAAGGGGAAAGGCAAGUUCAAGACAGCUGGUUUGAAGUUCAAAGCAAUGUCAGCCAGGACCAGACUCACAUUCUACAGCUCAUUCUACCAUACCAAAGCUAAUGACUUUGGAGCACUUUGUGGCCCUGUCAUUGAUCAAGUUAGGGUUUACCCUGUUGCUUAGAAGACAAUAAUAAUUAUCACUAAACUACAUAUAGGGUUAUGAGAGAAAGAAAAGAAAAGAAAAAUAGAUAAAUAGAGUUUCUGCAAGUUUAUUUGGUCCCUCUUUUGCAGAGUGACUGUUUAUGAGGCAUGUGUUCUACAUCCUAUUUUACUUGAGUUAUUUAGAUUCUUGUACCUUUUGCAAGUAUGAUAUUAUCUUUCUAUGGUGCUGCUAGUAUGGGAAGUAACAUAAAACUAGGAUCAGAAUCUAGUUCUUUGAGCCAA